AUGGUCUGUGCCGUGGCCAUUUGGCUACUUACCUUCAAGGGCACAGCACAGGAAACGAUGCCAGGCACCUCUAUGGAGGGGAGUCAUCCCACCUACACGUACAAGGUGGUUCUGCUGGGCAGCAUGUCGGUGGGGAAGUCAAGCCUGGCCUACCGAUACGUGAAAAAUGACUUCAGGGAGAUCCUGCCAACCGUGGGCUGCUCCUUCUUCACACACACACUCAACCUGGAGGAAGCCACCGUCAAGUUUGAGAUCUGGGACACGGCAGGCCAGGAGAAGUACCAAAGUGUCUGCCACCUCUACUACCGGAACGCCCACGCUGCUCUCCUCGUUUAUGACAUUGCUAAGAAGGAAACACUCAAGAAAGCAAAGCUGUGGCUAGAGGAGCUGGAAAAGAAAUUCCUUCCCUAUGAAAUUGUCAUUGCUUUGGUGGGCAACAAAACAGACCUUGCUGCUGAGCGAGAGGUCACCACUGAGGAGGGGGCAGAGUUUGCACGAACAAAAGGCCUCCUGUUCAUGGAGACAUCUGCAAAAUCCAACCAUCAAGUAAAUGAUAUCUUCAUGGCCAUAGUCCAAGAGCUCCUGUGGCGGGAAAAAGAGAAGGCACCUGCCCCAUCCCCACACGGGAGAUCAACAGUCGACCUGCAGCAGGGCACAACAAAGAGGAGGUGCUGCUGGUUCUGA